GAUAAACCUUUCAGUUUUGCUAUAACCACCAAACGUUCUUCUUCCCAACUUCUCGGCGCCAGUCCGGAGCUCCGGCCAUGACAGCUUUGAAGCUCUGGUACACUUCAACUCUCUUUUCUUUCACUCCAUCUAAAUCUCUCUCUAGACCUUCUUCACUUGCUUCCACUCCUUCAUUUUCUUCCUUUUUCCCUCUUCCACCUUCUUCACUUUCCUCGUCGAACUUGUUCGGUUGCUUCAAAUCUUCCUCGCUCUCGUUUCGAACGCUUUGUGAAUGCACUGCGGUUACUGGUGAUACUGGAUUACCUGAAAAUUAUGUAGAUGCUGAAGGAGAGGAUCCGGGAGAAUUAGAUGACGAAUUUGGCGAUGAGGAUUACACCAUUGAUGUCGAGGCUUUCGAAGAAGAAGCUAAAGAUGUUCUUCGAGAGUAUUCUAGCUCUUUAUCUCGCGAACUAAGACUAGAUGAUGAAUUGACUGAACAAUCAGAAACUGGCCGGAAGAAGAAGAAGCGUAAGACUACACCUAGAAAUGUUAUCCCAGACCAUCUUCUUCCAAAAGUGGCAAUUGUUGGAAGGCCAAAUGUUGGUAAAUCUGCAAUGUUUAAUAGACUUGUUGGGGGGAACAGGGCUAUUGUUGUGGAUGAACCUGGUGUUACUAGGGAUCGGUUAUAUGGUAGAUCCUUUUGGGGGGACAAUGAAUUUAUGGUUGUGGAUACAGGAGGGGUUCUUUCUGUCUCGAAAACACAAAAUGAUGUUAUGGAGGAAUUGGCUAUCUCGACAACCAUAGGCAUGGAUGGAAUUCCCCUUGCUUCCAGAGAAGCAGCUGUUGCAAGGAUGCCGUCAAUGAUUGAGAGGCAAGCCACAGCAGCUGUGGAAGAAGCAUCUGUUGUCAUAUUUCUUGUGGAUGGCCAGGCAGGUCUAACUGCAGCUGAUGAAGAAAUUGCUGAUUGGCUCCGUAGAAACUACUCAGAUAAAUUUACAAUGCUUGCAGUUAAUAAGUGUGAGUCUCCACGUAAAGGAUUGAUGCAGGCAUCAGAGUUUUGGUCUUUGGGGUUUACACCUCUUCCCGUAUCUGCUCUAUCUGGAACUGGGACUGGAGAGCUUCUUGAUCUUCUAUGUUCCAGGCUACAAAAAGUUGAGAGUUCCGAGGAUCUUCAUGAAGAAGAAGAUUACGUUCCAGCUGUAGCAAUUGUUGGUCGACCUAAUGUUGGUAAAAGUAGUAUUUUGAAUGCUUUGGUCGGAGAGGACAGAACAAUUGUCAGCCCAAUCAGUGGAACUACUCGUGAUGCUAUUGAUACUGAAUUUACAGGGCAAGAUGGUCAGAAAUUUCGAUUAAUUGACACUGCUGGAAUUAGAAGAAGGGCUGCUGUAGCAUCAUCUGGUAGCAUGACUGAGUCUCUUUCUGUCAAUCGAGCAUUUCGUGCUAUUCGUCGUUCUGAUGUGGUGGCUCUUGUCAUAGAAGCUCUGGCUUGUAUCACUGAACAGGAUUGCAAAAUAGCCGAAAGAAUUGAGAAAGAAGGAAAAGGUUGCCUGAUAGUUGUCAACAAGUGGGAUACUAUCCCGAAUAAAAACCAGCAGACAGCAAUGUAUUAUGAGCAAGAUGUUAGGGAGAAGCUACGUUGUCUUGAUUGGGCACCUAUUGUAUACUCUACGGCAAUAGCAGGUCACAGUGUCGACAAGAUUAUAACUGCUGCCAGUGCAGUUGAAAAGGAAAGAUCUAGAAGGCUUACUACUUCCAUACUAAAUCAAGUAGUACAGGAAGCGUUAGCUUUUAAGGCACCACCAAGGACCAGGGGUGGCAAAAGAGGACGUGUUUACUACUGUACGCAGGCUGCUAUAAGGCCACCCACGUUUGUUUUCUUUGUCAAUGAUGCAAAGCUUUUCCCUGAGACAUAUCGGCGGUAUAUGGAGAAGCAACUGCGUGCCAAUGCAGGUUUUCCUGGAACACCAAUUCGGCUUCUUUGGCGAAGUAGAAGAAAAAUGGAGAAGGGUGAAGCUAAAGGUACAACAAAGACACAAGUUAGUCUAACACAACGAGAUAGAGAAGUUUCUUUCGCUGUGUGAGUAGAUGGGUAAAGAUACAAGUUCUUUGUUCCUCCUUGCAAGAGUGACUUUAGAGUUGGGGGGAGUGAUUUUGAAGUGAUUAAAUUCACUUUUCUUUUAAGUUUAAAACCACUUCAAACAAACACAAAACCAAUUUAAAUGUUUAAUUCCACUGGUUUAAAUAAAUUUUAAAAAGAUUUAAAGCAUGUUUUAAAGUGGUUUUAAAAAUGAUAAAAGUGAUUUAAACCAUUUUAAAAUCACUCUCACUCAUGCUCUUGUUGGAAAGAAAGAUAAAAGAAGGAAAUCCAAAACAAUUAAAUCAGAUGCUGAAAAGUCGCUGUCUAGGCUGUGUAAACCUGAAGCAGGAAGGACAAACAAUUCAAUCGUGGUCGUUGAUGAGCAAAUAUGUCAAGUCAAUCGAUUAUGGUAAAUUUUUUUCCCUAUUACUUUUGAAAGCUUUCAUUUUAUCAAUUUAGUGAUUCAGUGUCAUAGUUCAAAGGAAAAUAGGUUCAUAUUUCUAAAUUUGGAUAUAUGGAUGUAAAUUUCCUUCCCAUUGCACGGUAGUUAUUUCAAGUUUUUAGCCACUGGAAAAAGCUGCUCGAGAAGUAAAUGAAUGAACUGUAAAUGUAUCAAUGGAAGUGAAACUAUGUGUCGGACGUAUUGGGAUAAACAUGGGAGAAAUAACUCCUUAUCUUACAAACAUUGUAAAGAUUCCUUCUAUUUGAAAAAAGUUUAGACCAAA